AUGAGCCAUGAGGAUUCUGAUGUCCACAUAACAUUUGAUGAUCAACAAAAAAUCAAUAAGUUUGCAAGGCUUAACGCACGUGUUGAUGAAUACAGGGAYGAAUUAAAAUUGAAACAAACAACAUUAAAGAACUUGGAAGAUGCUUCUGAAGAGUUGAUGUUAUUAGACGAGGAUGAUUGUCCAAAUCUUCCAUACCUUUCUGGCGAAACUUUUGUAUAUUAUAACUUAGAAACAGCACAGAACAAUUUGGAAGAAUUGAAGAAAACUGUUGGAAAGGAGAUGAAGGAUAUUGAAACAAAAAUAAAAGAUAUUUCAUCAACUAUGAGUGAUUUAAAAUCACAUUUAUAUGGAAAAUUUGGUAACAAUAUAAACUUAGAAGCUGAAGAUUAAAAUAUGUAUAUUUCUUCAAUAAAAUUUUAUAAAAUUUCAUAUUAAAACUAAAA